UUCACUCUUCACUCCUUCCACCAUUCCUCAUCUCAUUCAGUCUGACAGUUGCAGCAGUUCACUCUGAAACCAUGGCCAAGGACAUGACUCUGCUGUGGGGCUCCGGCUCUCCUCCCUGCUGGAGGGUGAUGAUCGCCCUGGAGGAGAAGAACCUGCAGGGCUACAACCAAAAACUGUUCUCCUUUGAGAAAAUGGAGCACAAGUCCCCAGAGGUCAUGAACAUGAAUCCCAGGGGUCAGCUUCCUGCCUUCAAACAUAAGAACUAUGUCCUGAAUGAGUCCUACGGCGCCUGCAUGUACCUGGAGAGUCAGUUCAAGUCCCAGGGAAACAAGCUGAUCCCUGACUGCCCCGCUGAGCAGGCACUGAUGUACCAGCGCAUGUUCGAGGGUUUCACACUCAACCAGAAAAUGGGGGAUGUUAUCUACUACAACUGGAAGGUCCCGGAGGGAGAGAGACACGACUCUGCUGUGAAGAGAAACAGAGAGGCUCUGUGUGCUGAGAUCAAGAUGUGGGAGGGAUACCUGCAGAAGGUCUCAGGCUCUUUUCUGGCAGGAAAGACCUUUUCACUGGCUGAUGUGACUCUUUAUCCAAGCAUUGCUUAUCUCUUCCGUUUUGGGUUAUCUGAAGAGCGUUACCCGAAGGUGGCCGCGUACUAUAACUCUCUGAAGGACAGACCCAGCAUCAAAGCUACCUGGCCUCCUACCUGGCUGGAGAAACCACAGGGACAAGACCUUCUGAAGGACCUCUGAGGUUCAAAAACACAUGACCUGUUCCUGCUGUGUAAUAUAUAACCACUCCUUGUAUUGCACUACUUUACCUGCCUGCAAUUUUUAAGAAAUAUAUGCAUUUGCUGUUACUGUACUUGAUUUGUUCAUGACUUAAACAACAGAUAUUUCUUUUGUGCUCUAAAGAAAAAACAAUAAAAAGCAACUUUCAAUAUUGCCUUUGUUAAUAUCAA